CGUGUGCGAGCCGAGCCGGGCCGGGACAGCGCUGCCCCGGUCCCGGUCCCGAUCCCAAUCCCGGUCCCGAUCCCAAUCCUGAUCCCGCCGCGAUGUGAGCGCUCCCGCACCAUGUCCCGGCAGAGAGACCUGGACAAGCUGCUGUCGGACCUGCGGUCCUUCCUGCUCAUCCUGGACCGGGAGAGCCUCAGCGCCGCGGCUCGGGCCAAGAAAAAGUCGGUGUCCGACCUCCUGUCCCGGCUGCAGAGCCCCCCGUCAGAGGAUGCAGAGUACAUGAUCAUGCGCUGCCUCUCGCCCUCCCCGGGGACCCCGCAGGGCUGGACCGGCCCGGGAUCCAGGACGGCGGAUGCAGCGGGAGGGAGAGGCUGCGAGUGCCGCCCGGCCAGCGCCCCCAGCCUGCACGGAGGGAACAAGGUGCUGGGGGGUGUCUCACCGUCCCCACCGGCCGACGACUCGUACGAAGACGCGGAACCCCAGAACGGAUGCUCCGGCGGGGCCGACACCGACAGCAGCCACUACGAGUCGUACGAGGAGGAGGAGGAGGGUGUGACGGACCGUGCCCACUACCUGAGGUGGCCGCUGGGCACCAGCCCCGAGGCCGAGUCCCCCGGGCGCCCCGAGGCCCAGCUCUGCGGCUUCCUCUGGAGGAAACGCUGGCUGGGACAGUGGGCGAAGCAGCUCUUCAUCGUCCGGGAGCACGUGCUGCUGUGCUUCAGGUGUGCCGCCGACCUGCAGCCGGUGCUGGAGCUGGACCUGCGGGGCUGCCGCGUCACCUACAAGGACAAGCGAGGCAAGAAGAUGCCACACGCCCUGAAGGUGACAGGCACAGCAGGAGAGGUGCUGGUCAUCGGCUUCCAGAGCCGGCAGCAGGCUGAGGACUGGAGGAAGGUGAUCGAGGAGGUCAGCAGCGAUGCCCCCGGGGGGCUGGCAGCCCUCAGCGCCCCGGUGUCCCCUUCCUCGAGGCUCAGCAGGCUCGGCAGGGAGGAAGAGGAGGAGGAACAGGAUCGCUCCCGGCAGAGCCCCACCCGCAGCCCACGGCCCAGCGAGGACACCAAAGGAGGGUUCCUGGCGGUGCGGCUGCGGGGCCGCUGGCAGCGGCUGUGGUGUGCCGUGCGCCAGGGAGCCCUGCGCAUGUUCCCGGAGCCCGGCCCUGCCCAGCGCCCCGUCUGCGCCCUGCGCCUGGACGGCUGCGAGGUCUCCCCCGGGGCGGCCGCCGGAUCCCCCCAGAACCUGCGCAUCCGCAUCGCCCAGCGGGGCCGGGAGCUCGCCCUGCUGCAGGCCCGGUCGGAUGAGGAGAGGGAAGCCUGGCUGAAGACCCUGCGGGCCAGGGGAGGAGGGGAGCCGGCGGGUGAUGACGGACCCCACAGCAAGCCCCCCCGGCCUGGCGAUGCCAGCAGCCACCCUGCUGCCAGCGGGCUGAUGCUGCGCCGUGUGCCCACCCCCAACACCUACAUGGAUGACCCCUUUGGGCACCCCCCGCCAGCCGAGGCCCCCAAGCACCUCUACUCCAACGCAGAGCGGCUGCAGCAGCUGCAGCAGAGUUUGGACCGGGCAGUGCAAGGGCAGCGCAGGAGACCCGUGUCUGCACUGCCCACCUGUGCCAGCAGCAAUGCCCUGGGCAGUGCCUGGCCCUCGCAGGCAGCACCCCCACCAGCUCCCCGGCGCAGAGCUCCCAGCCCACAGCAGGCAAAGGAGAACCCCAACCUCCGGAGCAGGGAUCUUUCCCGAUCCCAGCGCACCCUGACACUGCCCGAGAGGAAAGGGACUCGGGAUGGGCUGGACAUCCUCAUUGGGAAGAGAGCCUUUCCCAAGCUGGAGGAGAAGGUGGGACAGCUGGAGAGGGCCUGCCGUGUGAAGGGCAGGCUGAAAGCCGGCUCCGAGAUGAACCUCCUGGCCAUCGGGAAGUCACUGAAGGGCCACAUCGCUGCCACCGCCAGCUCGGCCGGCUCCGAGGGAUCAUUCCUCAGGCCGCUGCUGAAACGCACCACGUCGGCGAGGAGCGCCCUGAAACCGCCCCCGUCGCCCGUCAUCGUGGAGAAGGGGAACGUGAGGCAGAAGAGGAAGGAGUGGGAGAUGAAGUCUGCGAUGUGACCCUGCCCGCCUGCAGACGGACCUGCCGGAGCGGGAGUGUCCCGGCUGCGCGUGGAUCGUGCAGGACCGGCCUGGAUUCAGCCUGGAAUCUGAGUUUUAUCCGUCCAGUAUCAACGCUACCACUACGCACAUCUAUUUUUUAUAUAUAGAUAUAUAGAUAUAUACAUAUCAAGCUCUCCCUCGGUGGGUUUCCAGCCUCUCCCUGCUGUGUUCCCGCCCGUCCCAGCACCUCGUUUUCGGGGUACAGAAUUCCCAGGUACAACUUCCUGAGCUGCUGGCUCUGCCCCCAGUGUGGGUCCGGUACAAACUGUGCCUUGGCAGCGCCCCAGCCCCCCCGGACCCCCAUUUAAAGGGAUGGGUACGGAUCCACCUCGGAUCGAGCAGCUGGCGGGGCACACACACAGUUCAGGGGCAUCCAGUUCUCCAUUCCCUGGAGCUGGCAGGACCCAGGCUGGGCCCUGGGUGGUUUUCCAACAGCUGUGCUCCUCAGGGCUUGGUUUUCGUUGGAGAAAUGGGGUUUUUUUGGGUUUUUGUUGGGUUUUUUUUUAAGGCUAAAAAAAAAAAAAAAAAUAUGUGGUAAAACGUGCGUUGUGCUGUGUGAAAGGGAGAGCUGGGGAAGGGGGAU